GAGGUGAUGGUGGUGGUCAUGUGACGCGGCUCUCGUGAAGGUGGCACACAGACACAGGGAAGAGCGCGACACUUCAUACACCUCUCCAACCGAGUUCAACACAACAGCAACAAUCAUGUCUAUUAGCCGGAAAAACUGGUCUGCUUUGUCAACGCUGGCUCGACAGUGGACUGUGGAGGAUGAGGAAGAGGUGGAGAGAGAGAAGAGGAGGAAGACAAGGGAGUCUACAGCAGACUCGGAUGAAAGUCCCACUGAAGAGACCAAACCACAAACCAGUAGUGUUAGCGGGCCUGCUGAUGCUGGCGACUCUGGCGGCGGUGUGGCCCAGCUGCAGAUGGACUUUGUGGAGAUGUUGCGAGUCCGUGAUGAACGGAGGAGGAUGAGGCACGUUGAAACCCUGAGGAAGAAUAAGGAGGAAGAUGAUGGGGGCAAAGAGACCGGCCCGGAUGUGGAGCCCCAUGUGGAGCUGCUGGGGGAAGAGCAGGACGAGGAACUCUUCAAGAACAUUCAGCGAUGCGUGGAGACAUUCAUGUCACCAGAACCUCCCAUCAACUCCAAAGACUCAGAGACACACGAGAAGGAAGAAAAUGGAGGCACGAACCAAGAUUCAACAUCAACAAACUCCCAACCCCCCUCAAAAGCAUCCAGAAAGUUUGUGAGCUCUCUCUCCAUCUCCUUUGAUAAGAGUCCCACAUCACCCCCAGCAACCAGCAGACUGGUUUCUCCUCUGAGCCCCAAGUCUCCGCCCCCUCAGUCCCCGAGGGCGGAGUCACCUCACAGCCCCACCCAUUCAGGCUCAAUGAGCCCCACACCGAAUGGAGACGCAGCGAGACAUGAAAAUGGGUCACCGAGCAAUUUCGAACCAACUGCGAAACCUGCGUUCACACGCCAGAGCUCCAGAACGGUGUCCUUCAGGAUGAUGAAGAAGAAGGAAGAAGAAAACAUGCCGCUACAGAGAAGUGCAAGUGUGCGGAUUGCAGCGAAGACCUUUGAAUCCAAUGAGGGAUCCAAACAAGAGGAGGAGCAGCAGACCCCGUUUCAGAGAAACUCCCGACAGAGGUUAUCAUCUCACUCCAUUCAGGAGAAAAUGGAACGACUGGCUCAAGCCUCACAGAAAUGGGAAAUAUCCAAAUCCCCAGUGGUGCACCAGACUGUGUGUUUAGCGGAUGAGGUGUCAAGGAAGAGGGAGCUGUUUGAGAAAGAACAGGAGGGAUCCGACAGAAGCCAUGUGUUCUCCAAACAGGAAUUCCGCAACUUUUCUUCAGGAAUCUCUGAUCGGAUUAAUCGCUGGGUUCAGAAGAAAACAUUUACUGUGUCAUCAUCAUCCCCAUCAUCAUCAUCAUCAUCUCAUAGUCCUUUGGAUCUGAGACAUGUGAGCAUCUCCAGUAAGAAAAGUUUGUUUGAAAGAGGACAAGACCAGGACCCCAAGUGACACUCUCACGGAUAAA